AUGGUUGGAGCCUCGAAAGAGGAACUAAUUAGAGCUAGAAUAAACACACCCUAUUGCCCACUCCGCUCUUUCUUUGACCACUCAUUCUCGAUUAUCCGUGAUUAUCUUACCGGGAGCAGCAUCAUGAGCCGAUACGACAGCCGUUCCGGCGACCCCACUUCUUACCGUGACCGGAGAAGUGAUUCAGGUUUCGGAGGUGCUUCCAGUUAUGGUGGUGGCUCCAAUCGGUCGUCAUCUGAGAGGAGGGAUUAUGGUCGUGGUGACUCGCCAAGGAAGUCGGAUUUAGAUGGGUUGGCUCCAUUUGAGAAGAAUUUUUAUGUGGAGUCACCGUCAGUGGCGGCAAUGUCAGAGAGGGAGGUUGAGGAGUAUAGGCAACGGAGAGAAAUAACUGUAGAGGGCCGUGAUGUUCCAAAGCCUGUCAAGAAUUUUCGCGAUGUGGGGUUUCCAGAGGUUCAAUCUGGUAGCUACUGUAGGAGGGGCAGGGUUACUCAACAGAGUGUAGCCCAACUAUUAGACCUCUUUCUCCCACAACCUCCUUCCCCUCUCCAAAAAGAGAAGGGGUGGGGGUUGGUGGGCAGAUUAGGACAGAAAACUUAUUAUGUUCUGCAAGAAAUUUCAAAAGCUGGGUUUACCGAACCUACACCUAUACAAGCUCAAGGAUGGCCAAUGGCUUUGAAGGGCCGUGAUCUCAUUGGUAUUGCUGAAACAGGAUCUGGGAAGACUCUUGCUUACCUAUUGCCUGCAAUUGUCCAUGUUAAUGCCCAGCCAUUUUUAGCUCCUGGAGAUGGGCCUAUCGUGUUAGUUUUAGCUCCAACACGUGAACUUGCCGUUCAGAUACAACAAGAAGCUGCAAAAUUUGGUGCAUCAUCAAGAAUUAAAAAUACAUGUGUAUAUGGUGGGGUUCCAAAGGGACCUCAGGUGCGUGACCUCCAGAAAGGUGUUGAAAUUAUCAUUGCUACACCGGGAAGGUUGAUUGAUAUGUUGGAGUCACAUCAUACAAAUUUGCGAAGGGUUACUUAUCUGGUUUUGGAUGAAGCAGAUAGGAUGCUAGACAUGGGAUUUGAACCUCAGAUACGAAAAAUUGUUUCUCAGAUUCGACCAGAUCGUCAAACUUUGUACUGGAGUGCAACUUGGCCUAAAGAGGUUGAACAACUGGCAAGGCAGUCCCUUUACAAUCCAUACAAAGUGAUAAUAGGAUCUCCAGAUUUAAAAGCUAAUCAUGCAAUACGUCAACAUGUGGACAUUGUUUCGGAGAAUCAGAAAUAUAACAAAUUGGUGAAGUUGCUGGAAGAUAUCAUGGAUGGUAGUCGUAUUUUGAUUUUUAUGGAUACCAAGAAAGGUUGUGAUCAGAUCACUCGGCAGCUUCGCAUGGAUGGUUGGCCUGCUCUUUCAAUUCACGGGGAUAAAAGUCAAGCAGAAAGAGACUGGGUCCUCUCAGAGUUCAAAGCUGGCAAGAGUCCUAUAAUGACUGCAACAGAUGUUGCAGCUCGUGGAUUAGAUGUGAAGGAUGUUAAAUAUGUGAUCAAUUAUGACUUCCCUGGGUCCCUUGAGGAUUAUGUUCACCGCAUUGGUCGGACAGGAAGGGCAGGAGCAAAAGGAACGGCUUACACUUUCUUCACAGCUGGAAAUGCCAGAUUUGCUAAAGAACUUGUUGCCAUACUCGAGGAAGCUGGACAGAAGGUCAGUCCGGAAUUGACAGCAAUGGCUCGUGGUGCACCUCCUCCACUAUCUGGUAACGGGGGUUUCCGAGAUCGUGGGAGGGGUUACAGUGGCGGCCGACCUUGGAGCUAA